AGCUCACUCAGUCAAGCUCAUCGAGUCUCUCUCGCUUCCCCGGUCUCCCGCCUUUGACUUCUUGACAGCAUAUCUCAAGUUAUUGUUCUCACAAUUCAACUGUCUCCCAGGCGGCACAUCACCAUCUCCUUGUCAAUGGAGGAGUGACGACCCACGCGUGUACACAAGCAAUCCCAUAGCUCCUAUCCCGAACGCCCAACCACCACCGGAAACCUCAAGAUGACGGGCACCAGUCUCAACGGAGCUUCCAUUAGGACCACAGCUAGCACUGCCGGUACUGUCGUCUCUCGAGCCAGCGUCGGAAGCUCACGAAGCGUUGGCGGUAAUGGGCAUAUGGUCGGAGGCGGAUACUAUGUUUCAGCGAAUCAGCAACAUGUCGACUACAUUCUCGUGGCCGAAUUCUCCAUCGAUAAAGGGUCCAUCAUGGAGCACCAAUAUCCGAAUCCAAUUAGUGGCGAUGAACACAUGUUGGCGGAGCUCAUGCUUCCGGAUGGAGCCCAUACUCGCGAUCAGGAUUGGACAAUCUUCUUCCUACACAAAGACGCCGAGCAAACCGAAGAACAGCAAGAACCCGGUGUGCAGGCGCCGUUAAUAUACGUCCUUAAUCUUGUCAUCACGAAGCAUGAUAAAGAAGCAAAAAGAGGUGCAAUAGUGAAAGCGAUGGCGAUAUGUACGCGGCAUUCUUUCCUGCAUAUCUACAAGCCAUUACUCCUUUUUGCGCUGGAGGAUUAUUUCAAAAACCCGUCGGUUGAUAUCCUGACAAAGCUGUUUACCUCCGUAAACAGCAUGGACCUCUCAGCCAUGCCGCGGCUGUCCAUCUUCGAACGCCAGAUACUUUCCGCGAGCGACAACAAAGAUAUGUUCUCGGAGAAAUUUGAAGAGAUGGCACAAACCUCACUCACUGCGGCGGCGCUUGCGGCAUCGCAUGUUCGCUCACCCUCAACAUCACUGGGAGUACCGGGGACGGCGGACUCCGAAGGGGAGAAAAGACCAACCACGUACAUUGACCUGGCACCUGGAAGAAACAAAGUAAUGAAUGGAAAAAUUACAAUAAACCGGGAUAGUCACGAGUUCGAAACAAAGGUGGUGUACAAUGGCAUACCUGUACCGAUCCGAGUGCCCGUUGCCAUCGUGCCCGAGACCGUUGGUGAUUUCUCACUGAUCCAACUGAUUACAACAUUUUCAGCUCCGCAUGCACAGAACCCUCAGCCCUUUCCACUUCACCCCCACCUCACAACAAACGGUCCAUAUACACAUCCAGUGAUUGUUCUGAUAAACGGCCUUCUCACCGAGAAAAGAAUCAUUUUCCUAAGCCAUGACAGGCCGUCGGGAGAAGUAGCAAACCAUGUGUUAGCAGCGUGCGCGUUAGUAAGUGGUGGCACUCUUCGUGGCUUCACUCGCCAUGCGUUUCCAUACACAGAUCUCUCGAAGGUCGACGAGCUCCUAAUGGUGCCUGGCUUCAUCGCCGGUGUCAAGAACCCGGCGUUCGCUCACCACCCCACUUGGUGGGACAUCCUAUGCAAUAUCGAUACGGGCCGCAUCAAGAUAUCUACCGAAACAAAGCAGCCAGGCCCUAGCGACAGCGCAACCUUAUUCGGCGCUAUAUCCACUGUAUCAGGACACCACGAUACCGGUGAUAACGCGUUCAUGGACGACAUUGUGCACUGUAUCUCGUCUCGCUUUGGAGAGAAAGCUGUCAGGGCAAAGUGGAGAGACUAUGUCAUCCGCUUCACGCACAUGGCCGCUGCCUUCGAAGAGUUAGUCUUCGGCUCAAGCCAGCUUUGGAUAGGGCAUGAGGAGAAUCAUGUCAUCCGCGGACACGGCCAUGUGUGGCCAGAUGAGCAGUCGAAACACCGGGAUCUGUCGGCGAAUAUGAUGCGCAUUGAAGGCUGGAGAGGUACGCGAAGUUAUCAUGCGUAUGUGCAGGAUGUCCAGUCGUUCUAUGUUGCGAAACCGAUCAAAAUCAUGGACCUGCAACAUCAAAUUGAUCGUUUACGGACGUUGAAGCUGUCAACUGAAGAAUCCGCAAAGAUAUACCAGUCUUUGAAGGAGUAUGUGAAUGAUUACGAGGAGAUUAACCAACUGCUUUGUGCACUCCCGGAGAGCCAGGGAGGAUUAUUCGUCAUAUCGAUGGGUCUAUUUCACCCCUCUCAGAAAGUCCGCUUCGCAAUCGUGGAUUUGCUCGAGCGUAUAUCAGUCCACAUGGCUGGCCGCCAUUUCUACAAUUCCCUGAACCGCUUUCAAAAGCUUGCAUUCAUACGACUCCAACAGGAGAAGCUUAAUGCUGUGGAAAGUCCCGUGGCUACAAAUGGAUUGACUAUGUCGGGACUGAAUCUUGGGGGAUCAAUGGUGAAUUGAAUGUACAAUCGGUUGGAUGAUGUGGUGGAGUUAUGGCGUUGGGUUGGAUAUAUGGGUUAGAUACUGGUGUAUAUACCCACAAUGUGAUUAUGAAUGCGAACCCAAUGGCGAUCAGGGGUGAGUUGGUGGAUACUGAGUCUGGGCGCAUCAUAUGACUCACUGGCUUUGCAUCAAUUAAAC